AAACCUGAACGGGAGCUGGAGCGGACUGGAUGCUCAACACCAGAAAUGGGAGCCAUCUCAAGGUUGCCAAAACCGGUUCGUGCGCGGACCAGAUUUUCGCUUUUCUCGUGGUAAAACAGCUCGCUCCGGAUCCUUUUCACCCCCAGAAGUUGCAACGCAGAGCAGGCUUCAGUGAAACAAACAAAUGAUCCAAUCAAUACCAACUGGACCGUCUAACAAAAGGAGGAUAUCCGUAACACACUAAUAUACUUCACACACACACACAGACACACAAAUAUAAAUAUAAAUAUAUAUAUAAAUAUAGGCCAUGGCGCUGGAGAACUCUGUCUUCCCCUCCCGGCCUGACUCCCUCGCUCUCCCCGUGGAGGAGAAAAAAGACGGGGAGGAAGAAGCAGAUGUGGCCUCCAAAGCCUCCACGGGCGUCUUCAACGUGUCGGAGGAGCUGGGCCACGUCGUCACCACGCAGACGACGCCCUCCCCUCCCGCCACGACCAAGGUCAACAGAUCGUUCCAGUCCAAGCUGGCUGAGCGGGAGGCCACAGCCAAUCAGCACAGGAAGAAGACCCAGGGGACGGAAAAAGAGAGGGGCCGCUUCGGGUGGGCCCGGGCUCGACGUAAGCGGCAGCGCUACGUGGAGAAGAACGGUCGUUGCAACGUGCAGCACGGCAACAUGAGGGAGACCUACCGCUACCUGACUGACAUCUUCACCACGCUGGUGGACCUGAACUGGCGCUGCUCGCUCUUCGUCUUCGUCAUGGCCUACGCCGUCACRUGGCUUUUCUUUGGCGCCAUCUGGUACCUCAUAGCCUACUGCAGGGGUGAUCUGGACCACCUGAAUGAUAAAGACUGGACACCGUGUGUCAACAAUGUCAAUGGUUUCAUUUCGGCCUUCCUCUUCUCCAUCGAGACGGAGACGACGAUCGGCUACGGACACCGCGUCAUCACCGACCAGUGCCCGGUGGGCACCAUGCUGCUGCUGCUGCAAGCUAUACUGGGAUCGAUGGUCAACGCCUUCAUGGUUGGCUGCAUGUUCGUGAAGAUCUCGCAGCCCAACAAGCGAGCCGAGACGCUGGUGUUCUCCAAACACGCCGUCAUCUCCCUGAGAGACGACAAGCUCUGCCUGAUGUUCAGGGUGGGAGACCUUCGGAGCUCCCACAUCGUGGGGGCCAACAUGAGGGCCAAACUCAUCAAAUCCAAGCAGACUCAGGAAGGCGAGUUCAUCCCUCUGGACCAAACAGACAUCAGCGUUGGCUUCGAGACCGGCGAYGACCGCCUCUUUCUGGUCUCUCCGUUGGUGAUCUCUCACGAAAUCGACACGCGCUCAGCAUUCUGGGACAUGUCGCAGGCCCAGCUGGAGAAGGAGGACUUUGAGAUCGUGGUCAUUCUAGAAGGAAUGGUGGAGGCUACAGGGAUGACGUGUCAGGCGAGGAGCUCCUACCUGGCAGAGGAGGUGUUGUGGGGUCACAGGUUCAGCCCCAUGAUGUCGCUGGCAGAGGGCUUCUUUGACGUUGACUAUGGAGCCUUUCAUCACACGUUUGAGGUGGACACGCCCUCCUGCUCGGCACGGGAGCUAGCCUUGGCCGCAGCCCGACUGGACGCUCACCUGUACUGGUCCAUCUCCAGCAGGCUGGACGAGGAGCCCACGCUGGUGGAGCAGGCGGCCAAGCAGACGGACGGCGGCUCGRCCAACAGCAAAGCGGUGGAGCCCAUCUUCACCGUCGGGGAGAUGACCGACAUCCAGGAGCAAUCAGGACUGGGCGAGCUGAACGGCAGCGUCGCCACAGACCAAUCUGAAUCCGAGGCCUAGAACAGAGAAUGUUUACAAAGACCUUCCGCACACCGCCACCACGUCACGGUUAAAGAMGUUUUUUAUUUUGACGCUGACGAGUAGUUCCAUUAGACAGCAGCUCUACAGUAAACGCCAUAUUCUUAUCUCAUAUAAACAGAUUGAUUUCCUAAUGUUCGUCUUUCUUCAUGUCUGUUACAGGUGUUCUGUUCGUGUGCUAUCUCUUUUUGAUUCGUUGUGUUUGCUCUGAUCACCGUUGCCUAUAUACUACUUUAAAAUGACGAUACUAUGCUUUUGGGUUGGACAGGAAGAAUGUUUCACAGAACGUAAUUUAUCCUCUUGGCCUGAAGGAUGACAGUUUUACAUAAAAUGUUGAGUAUAAUUAUUGUUAACAUUUAAAAUAAUGUGCAGAGAUAAAAACAAAUAAUCUCAAGCUUUUUAGAUGCCAAGAUCAAUAUCCAUCAAGGUGGGAACAGUUCCAUUUUACAGCUGAUUAGAGAUCGUUCUGCUUUUUAUUAGGUUUCAGGCUAUUAUUUGGUGCUAGUAAUAAAGUUUGGGGAACAAAAUUGUAAAUUAACUGUGGAGCCUGCCCUUUCUUACCUUCAGGAGGCACAGCCUGAUCUUAAGUUGGAGCUAUCCGAAUCCUUUUUAGAGRGAAGCUAACACUGGAGCGUUUCGUAUCAUGUACUGCAGCUGUAGAACAGUUUGUUAAGCGCUGUCCUCGGCCGUGUAUAGUCAAAAAGCACAACAAUGUCCUGCUCAGUUCAGCCCAAACUCCUGCUUCUGCUGUUGUGUAUAUAUAUAUGUGUGUGUGUGUGUGUAUGGACAUUUUUACUUGGUUUUAAUAUUUAAGAUUACACAUCAGUUAGAAUGAAUAAAGGACAAUAUAUUCCAGUG